AUGUGCAGUAGCACGCGCAGUUUGCACAUCCUCCACAUUAUAUUCAUGGCAAGCAACCGAGUGGCAUAUCAUCCAAGCACGACUUACUCCCAGCGUCUUUCCAGCCGGAAGACUAAAGAGGCAGAAAUCACAGCGAUGCACAUGAUGAAGCCCAAGAAGUAUGAAAGUAGCAUCCGCGGUAGCAGAGGCCGGGGAAUGUAUGAUUUGUUCGAGGUCAACAUCACCGCUGCAGAUAUUGACCUAGUAUAG